ACCUGGCCCGGCCACCGCCCACCGGAGCCCUGGACCUGAAAAACUCGUUUCGGAUUCAAACCCUCCAAUCCCAAAUCUGCCCUCCUCAUCGGCACACCUCGCCGCCGGCCACACCCCCGGCGAUCGUCGCCCUACCCGGUAGACCCUUCUCCCUACCUCAAACCCCGCCCAAGCCCAACACGGCAACACCUCCCCACCAUGCCGCGGAACUUCCGCAAGCGGGGCAUCGAGCCGGACACUGACGACCGCUCCGACGACGAGGACACUCGCCGCGUCGCCCUCGAGGAGAUCAAGUACAUGCAGAAGCUCCGUGAGAGGAAGCUGGGUAUCCCCGCCGGCACCGCCGCCGCAUCCACUAACGGGUCCUCCGCCCGUGGUGGUCGAGUGGGCAGCGGGGCAGCGGCCGCUGGCGAGGCUGAGAAGGAGGACCUCGUCCUCCAGGACACCUUCGCUCAGGAGACCGCCGUCACCAUCGAGGACCCCAACAUGUUGAGGUAUGUGGAGACUGAGCUUGCGAAGAAGAGGGGUAAGAUGGUUGAUGUGGGACACAAGGAAGAGAUGGACCAUGUGGACGAGCUCUACACUGUGCCAGACCACCUCAAGGUGAAGAAGAAGAACUCAGAGGAGAGCUCGACACAAUGGACCACUGGCAUUGCUGAAGUUCAGCUGCCCAUUGAGUACAAAUUAAGAAAUAUUGAAGAAACUGAGGCAGCUAAAAAGGUGCUGCAAGAGAAAAGGCUUGCUAGUAAACCAAAAUCAGAUGCAAACAUUCCAUCAAGUUACAGUGCUGAUUAUUUCCACCGUGGGAAAGAAUAUGAUGAGAAACUGCGAAGAGAGAAUCCUGGAUUGUACAAAGAUAAUGAUUCUCGGCCUAGAGGAAGUUCAGGAGGCAAAGCAACAGAUACUAAAAAUCCAGGUGGCGUUGGUGCAGGACGGAGAGAAGCCGCGAGUGAUGAGUUCAUGCUUGAGCGUUUCCGCAAACGAGAAAAAUUCCGUGCCCUUCGAAGAUAGCCAGAGCUGACAUGCUGCUAGAUUGUGCCAGUUACCUUUGAAGCUCAAAAAUGUCAUUGUGAUCACAUCAAGGCCCAACAUGUCAUGUCCUUUUUAGUGAGAAAUUUACUGUAAAAUGCAUCUUUGGUUGUUGAAUCUGCUUCUGCAGUUGCUAAGGGCAAGGAGCAGAUUAAAUCCUUAUUACAGAGGUGAUUUGGGGCAAUAUAUUUGAGCUGAGGGAUAUCUGAAAUUUGUGUCAGCUCGGAGGCUCAGAUGUCAGAGGGGCCUUAUUGGUUCAGGACAAAGGUGUGCUCUCCAUGACCAUGACCAAUAUAAAUGAACAUCUUGAGCAAACACCAAAGGGUAGCGUGAUCUCAUUUUCUUUGGGUGCAUGGCAAAGCCUGCAAAAUUUAUCUUUCUAGCCUUGAAUAUAUUGUUUCUCUGAAUUGUUCGUAGUCUGCUGAAGUAGCAUCAGCUAUCUAUAAGAAUCCUUGAUUUCUAGGGACGAAGUAAUUUGUGAGUUGUUUUUGCUGCCUUA